CCACGUCUGGCUAAUCAGGGGCCCGGAUCAGGCCCCGCCCCCAGUUGGUGACGCGUUAGGUGGGCCUGGCGGAACUCUCGGCGGCGCUGGCUGCCGCAGGCAGCUUGAUUCCCCGACUUCCCAGGGGUGAGUAGAACCCAGCUCUGAGGGCAGUCUGUGGUCUGGGAGUCGGUGACCUCUGUCGUGGAAAGCCCAGGAUGGUGGAGACCAGGGACUUAGUACAGCUGCGGCAGCUCAACCUGGAGCUCCUGAGGCAACUGUGGGUGGGGCAGGAUGCUGUGCGGCGGUCCGUGGCCAAGGCAGCGUCAGGGUCGAGCCUGGACUCGAGCAGCAGCUAUGACUCGGAGGUGCCAUCGUCCCAAGAGAUGUCCUCAGUUGCCUCGAGAGCCUCCUGCCUACAAGAUGCCCACCCUGGUGACCCCUGUGAUAGGUACUGGCCUGGCGAGGCCAGCUCUGGGAUGAACUCUCUCCCACCUGCCAAAUGCCUACACCAGGAGACCCUGGGCCCACCGAGGCCCCACUCAGCUCCCUUACUGGCCAUCUCAGACUCAAAUGACCCAGAGCUUUCAGCAGAGCUGGACAGUCCAGGAGCCCAGGAGGCCCAGGCUCUGAGGUCCAUCUUGGCUCAACAGGGCAAGUUGUCCAAGCCAAGAGUGACCACAAAGGAGUCUCCAGUGCCUGAGAAGAGCUGGCGCCUGAGACCCUACCUGGGCUAUGACUGGAUUGCAGGGUCCCUGGACAACACGUUUGCCGUCACCAGCAAGCCUGAGGCCUUCUUCUCAAAGCUGCAGAAGUUCCGGGAAGCCAACAAGGAGGAGUGUAUUUGCAGUGGCCCUGGACCCCACUUCCUAGGCCUGCAGGAGAGUGAUGCUGUGGAGGAGGACCACGAAUGCGUGUACUGUUACCGUGUCAACCGGCGCCUGUUUCUGGUGCCUGCGGAUCCUGGCACCCCCUGCCGCCUGUGCAGGAAGCCACGGGCCCAGCGGGGUGCGGGGACCCUGGCGGAGCCAGCGCAGGUCAGGGUGAGCAUCCCACUGUCCGUCCUGGAUCCCCCGCACCGGCACCGCAUCCAUCGGCGGAAGAGCUUCGACACCUCCGACACACUGGCGCUGCCCCGGCAUUGCCUGCUGGGCUGGGACAUUAUCCCUCCGAAGUCUGAGAAGAGCUCAGCUCCCAAGACCCUGGACCUCUGGUCCAGUGUCUCCUCUGAGGCCCACCAUCAGAAGCUGUCAGCCACCGGCUCUCCUCACCUGGCUGUGCCAAUGCGGGUCCCACCCCCGACCCCAAUCUGGUCAGAACCCUCCAUGUCCCGGCCCCGCUACCCCCAGCCGAAGCCCUGAGGACUGGCCACUUGGAGAAAGCCUGUGGGACUUCCAUGGUGGUGGAGAAUCUGCUUUGGUCGGGGAACUAAGAUUCCACAUGCCAAGGGCUAACCAAGCCUGACAGCUGCAACUACUGAGCCCGAAGGAUGCAAUGAAAAGAUUCUGCAGGAUGCAAUAAAGAUCCUGUGUGCCACAACUAAGACCCAACGCAGCCAAAUAAAUAAACAUCAUAAUUUUAAAAAAAUUAAGCACAAGCUUGGACAUUAUGCCACCUUGAAACCCAGAGUUAGACAUUAGAGUGAGGCAAGUAAGGUACUCAUCUGGUGCAAAAGUUAAGAAAUUCAGUAAUCAAAUCAUUUAAAAAGAAUAGAGAGCCUGUGGGAGUCAGCGCCUGUGGGAAUCAGCGGUUUUGUUAGAAAUUCUUUGGCCGGAGGCAGAAGAGAAUCUGGAAACCUUCUGUCAAACAAAAUGACAACAUAGACAGCUGAGCUCACCUUCUAAGUUUAGCCAACCCAGAAGAGCAACAGCUUGAAUGAUGAUAGAAAUAUUUCUCUCCCAUAAAAGUCCAGACUGCAGUGCUAGGCCGUUAAGUCAUGAGGGCCAGUGGUUUCUCUGGAAGGACCGUUCCUUUGAACAUUUAGAAGGUUUCUGGCUUCUGUCUUUCCCACGCAGCCGCUCCAGAUCCACUCUGAAUGAGCAGGCUGGGGAACAGGCUUUUUCAAACCUGAGGGACCUCAAGGAUGAAGAUCACAGGGAGAGAGGCCCUACACAGAGUAUCACGUCUCCAGCUCUGCCUCACUCACCUGCACCCCACCACGGUUACCUGCCCUCCCACGAACAGGCAAGCCAUUCCUGAUUCUUCCAGGCUGUCCCUCCCUCCCUAGGGGGUGUCCAGAUCUCUUCUUGUCUCCCUUCCUCUACCCCUUCCAGGUGUGCAUUUCAGCUGGAGAGUCUCUUUCACGAGGGCCUUCCCUGAACCCCUGGACCCCUCUGAUGCAUCCGCCCCAUCACACACUGCACUUCCCUGUACUCCAUCCCAGCCCGUGUGUGUUUUCCUUUAAAAAAAUUUUUUUGGCCAUGCGGUGCUGUGCAGCAUGCAGGAUUUUAGUUCCCCGACUAGGGAUCGAACUCAUGCCGCCUGCCAUGGAAGUAUGAACCCCUGGACUGCCAAGGAAGUCCCCUUUAUAUGUUAUUAAAUUACUACCCAUGAGGUUCAUUGCUUUAGUGUCUCCCUCUCCCCUGCUAGAAUUUAAGCAGAGGUGGUAUUUUUCUCUUAGUUGGAACUUUUUUUUUUCUUCCUGUUUUCUCAAAAGUAGUGGCUAAACUGUAUUUCAGGAUUUGGCUUUUCCCUCUAGCCUGAUCUCCCACUUGUGUCGUGAAGGUGAUGGGAGAGGAGAGGUGUCAUGUACUCAGUUGUGUCUGAUUCUUUGUGACCCCAUGGACUGUAGCUGCCAGGAUCUUCUGUCCAUGGGAUUUCCCAGGCAGGAAUA